CGCUACAAAUUUCAUCAAUCUGUGCUAAACUCUUGUCAAGUGUGUUCCGUGCCAUUUCUCUAAGUUCAGAAAAGAAGCGAUUUGAAGGAUGUCUGGCCGCGGAAAGGGAGGAAAAGUUAAGGGAAAGGCGAAGACACGUUCCAACCGUGCUGGGCUUCAGUUCCCCGUGGGCAGAAUCCACCGUUUGCUACGCAAGGGAAACUACGCUGAACGAGUUGGCGCUGGAGCACCUGUCUAUUUGGCCGCCGUGAUGGAAUACCUUGCCGCUGAGGUGCUCGAGUUGGCCGGCAACGCGGCGCGUGACAAUAAGAAGACCAGGAUCAUUCCGCGCCACUUGCAGCUGGCCAUCCGCAACGACGAAGAGUUGAACAAGCUGUUGUCCGGCGUCACGAUCGCGCAGGGCGGCGUCCUGCCUAACAUCCAGGCCGUGCUGCUGCCCAAGAAGACCGAGAAGAAGACAUAAAUCGCCCGUCGUGCCCUGCAAACUCACCAACAACAAAAACGCCCUUUUCAGGGCGACAAAUCCACUCUGUAGAGAAUUGAACAUGAAACCUUAAAAUUGCAUUUUGAAUUUAUUUUAGCUAUAAAAUCGAUCAGAAAAAUGAAGGAAUAUUGAAGAAAUCCAUUUUUGUGUCGUAUUUUCCUAAAGUAAUAU